GAAGCUGCACGUUGGAAUUUCAACCCACCAUAUUAGUAACUUUCAACGAUACCUUUAAGGAAAUUCAUUUUCCAUUUUUCUUAGUAGACAAACAAAGUUUGCCUUCCUGUUCCUGGAGUCCUUUACUUCUUUUAUAACUAGCCCCUCUCAAGAAUCUCAAGUCACAGUGUUUCCUUUCAAGAAUCUCAAGUCACAGUGUUCAUUUCUAUACAGAUUCUAACACUUUUAUAAGAUUGAACUUGAUAGAUCAACGGCUUCGCAUCAUCGUCAACUAGUAAUCUUAAGGGAUUAAUGGAACAAAAUCUCAUCCCUCACCACUCAAGUGGGCGAAAUUCCAGAAUAAAAGGGCUGGAUAAAAAGAACGUUCUUCAGGUUGUUUCGCUGUUAGCUGUUUGCAUGUGGUUACUAUACCAAAUCAAGAACUCAAACCAUAAACCUGAGAGCUACAAUGGGAUUACUCAAAGUUCUAGUGGGAGAAAUAUAUCCAUAAUUUUGGGACGCAAGGGGAUAUUGGAGUAUAUAAAUGGAGUUGCUGUAGAAUUCCAAGAUAAAAAUGCUUCAGAGGAGGCAUAUGAAAGAAGAAAAGAUGGAGGUGUAGGAGACGAUGAGCUGGAUAUGAACAUUGAUGAAGACAUUGAGAAUGCACUGCAAAUUGAUGGACAAGCAAAUCAAGACACUCAAAUGAAGAUUGUGGAAGAUAAUGGUGAAAAUGUUAAUAGAAUUGAAACGUUUCUUGAUGAGAAUGGGAUUCCACCAGACGCUGCUUCCUAUUUUGUCAAUUCAACUCCAGACACUGCAGAGCUAAAUGAGUCUGGGAAUUUCAUCAGAAGGAAAAUAUUAUAGAACAAAUCCUACAAAAAGUUAACUGCUUCAUAGGAGUUGGACCUUCAGUUGCCCUAGCCUGUGACUACUAUACAAGACAAACCAGAAAUUAACAAUUUUGGAAGCCAAAAAUAAUAAAUAAGAAGAAAAAAAAUGCUUUAUUCCUUUCCAUUAAGUAAUAAAAAGGGAAAAUUAUCUAGUGUCAUAAAUGAUCCUGAAGUGUAGCAAGUCAAGCAGCUCAUGCAUAAGGAUUUCUGCUCAAGAUUAUCACUGUAUCCACUCCAUAUUUUGGGAGCAAUUAGAACUAAUCUUCUAUUUCACUAUGUGCAAGCAAGUUUUCCAUAGCAGCCUGCACCACAAUGAAGAGUUCCCAAAUGAAUGUGGCUGUCUCCAAUAUCUCAAUGUAAAUCAUAAUGUCUCAAUAUAAAGCAUAAUGGUCCUUUUUUCAAAA